UCCGCCGAGCAGUGGGGACAACAAGAUCCUGGACCCUCCCCCUCUCUCUCUUUCCACCACGCGGCCGCGCUCUCUCCCUUAAUUUCUCUCUCUUUAUUUCGCCGCUCACACUCAAUAAGUAGAGAAUCUUUAGCGUAGGAUAUCUCUUGAUUGUCAGCAUCGAUCCCCUUCCUUCCUUCCUCCAUAUAAAUCUUCCUCGACUCGAUCAUGGAGGCCUGAGACCUGCACCCAUCUCAUACUGCAACACAACAAUCCCCUCCACAGAACCCUCUCUCGCCCAAGGAAGAAGAAGAGGCUUCCAGGAAGAAGACGAAGAAGGAGAGCCUCCAAGCCGCGCGUCUCCUUCAACGUCCCGAGCAAAAUUUCUGGAUCUUUGAGGAGCUGCAUGCACCCGGCCGGGGCUCCUACCUAAUUAAGGUACUCAAUCAAACUCCAUAAACAUUUUCAUGUAGUUGGGUUCUGACCAUGGCAAAGGCUGCACUUGCACCCUGAGGCCUGCAUACAUAAAUAGACAGUGAGAUGAUGCCAAGUUGCCAACACCUUGUGCAGAAAAGGGAGGACAACAAAAGGAGAGGAGGAGGAAGAGCAGGCUAGCAACAAGCCAUGCAUACAUGUAUGAUGGGGCCUUGAGCUUGUGGUGGUGCCUGAUCAGUAAUCAACCCAAAGGAUAGCAGAUCAACAAGUCCUUGACAAUGAAGUACAUGAAGCUUGGGACCAAACCUGACACAUUCUACACCGAACAGGCUGUCAGGUCAGUAGCGUCAGACAUACCUGCUGAUCUUAUCAUACAUGUCAACAAUACGAAGUACCAGCUACACAAGUUCCCCCUCCUCCUCAAGUGCGGUCUCCUGCAGCGCCUCUGCUCCGACACCGACGACGGUGAGCCGGUGCCCGUGGCGCUCCACGACAUCCCUGGCGGCGAGGAGGCGUUCGAGCUCUGUGCUAAGUUCUGCUACGGCAUCGCCAUCAGCAUCAGCGCCAGCAACUUCGUGCCGGCAAUGCUGGCGGCCCGGUUCCUCCGCAUGACGGAGCACGUUGCCAAGGGGAACCUCGUUGCUAAACUCGAGACCUUCUUCGACUCCUGUAUCCUCCAGGGCUGGAAGGACUCCAUCACCGCGCUCCAGGCGGCAUGGCGGAUCUCCGGCUGGUCUGAGAGCCGCAUCGUCCAGCCGUGCAUCGACUCCAUUGUUGAGAAGAUCCUCCUCCCACCUUCAAAGGUUUCGUGGUCGUACACAUACACGAGGCCGGGAUACACGAAGAAGACCCACCAGUCGGUGCCCAAGGACUGGUGGACGGAGGAUAUUUCGGAGCUGGACAUCGAGGUGUUCCGGUCGGUCGUCUCCACCGUGCGCGCCGCGCGCAUGCUCCCGCCGCCGCUCAUCGGCGAGGCGCUGCACGUCUACGCAUGCAAGCACCUCCCGGACCCGCUAUACUGUGCCAGCGCUCCCGGCGUCAACGGCCAGGCUCAGAGCUCCUCGAUGGCGGCAGACGCCGAGGAGACGAUCGCGAAGCAGAGGCGCGUGCUGGAGACCGUCGUCACCAUGAUCCCCAGCGACGCGGGGUCGGUCACUGGACGGUUCCUUCUCCGGCUGUUGCGUGUGGCGAACUACGUCGGCGCGUCGUCGUCCACGCGCGCGCAGCUGAUCCGACAGGCCGGGUCCCAGCUCGACGAGGCCAAGGCGGUGGACCUGCUCAUCCCCCUGCCGUCGGACACGCAGGCGUAUGACGUCGGCGCGGCGGAGGCCGUGCUGGAGCACUUCCUGGCGCAGUUCCAGCGGCCGGCGGCGACCGACGAGCGCCGGCGGAUGAGCGUCGCCAUGGAGAAGGUGGUCAGGAUCUUCGACGAGUAUCUACAGACGAUAGCUCUCGACGGAGAGUUCCCCAUCGGCAAGUUCGUCGACCUCGCCGAGUGCUUGCCGGACAUCGCCCGGAACGACCACGACGGCCUCUACCACGCCAUCGACACCUACCUCAAGGAACACCCGGACCUGAGCAAGGCGGACAAGAAGCGGCUGUGCCGACUGAUCGACUGCCGGAAGCUAUCGCCGGACGUGCGGGCGCAGGCGAUAUCCAACGACCGGAUGCCACUGCGCACCAUCGUGCAGCUCCUCUUUGUCGAGCAGGAGAGAACGAUCGGCGCGGGCGGCAGCCAUGCCGUCGCGCCACCGAACCGGGCUUCCGUGCACGCCGCCUCCGGUCUCACGGCCAUAGACAGAGAGGACGAACCGGCGCCCACUGACCACAAGUCGGACGUGCACCGGCCCCGACGGGGCGCCCAUGCGGAGCGCGCGCAAGGUGAAGCGGCUGCAAUGACGAGGUCGCUGUCCGCGUCGACGAAGACGGUGGCGAGGACAGAGAGGACAGCAGAGGAGAGGGGGAGCAGGCUGCGGAACAAUUGAAGUGUAAAUGCAAGGAGCUUUAAGAAUUGAUGACUAGGGAUGAGCUCCGGAUGAGUGCACAUGGGACAUGCUAAUUUCUUGCUUCUGAUCCCGGCUCAUCCUUCCCAAUUUGUUGAUAUACUUGUGAUUCUUGAUCA